UUGAGCAGCCGAGCCGAGACGUCUUCAGGAUGUUUUCAGAGAGAGAAAAUUGCAGAAAGAGGGUGAUGGAACUUGUGGACAAACCUGACAAUAAGAACUGCGCUGACUGCAGAGCGGCAGAACCGAUCGAUCCAGCGGACAGAGGUCGCAACGUCCCGUGUGCGUGUGUUGCAGAUCCAGACUGGGCGUCGUACACACUGGGUGUGUUCGUGUGCCACAUCUGCUCGGGCCUCCAUCGAAACAUCGCCCAGAUCAGCAAGGUCAAGUCUCUCCUGCUGGACCCGUGGACCGCGGCACAGUUGGAGUUGAUGGACUCUGUGGGCAACCGCGCGGCCAAGACCAAAUACGAGCAGACCGUCCCCGCCUUCUACUACCGGCCCGACCACCAAGAUUGCGCGCUCCUGCGUGAGCAGUGGAUCCGGGCCAAGUACGAGAGGAAGGAGUUCAUGCCCGGCGGGACGCGGGACUCGUACUCAGCAGGCUACCGGGAAGGGUUUCUAUGGAAACGGGGCCGAGACAACGGAGAGUACCUGAGCCGAAAAUUCAUCCUGUCUGAACAGGAGGGCGUGCUCAAGUAUUUCAAAAAGCAGGAUGGGAGAGAGCCAAAAGCGAUAAUGAACAUCGGGACGGUGAACGCGAGCUUCCAGCCUGCGAAAAUUGGCACGGCCCACGGUCUUCAGAUCACCUACUUGAAGGACAACAGCACUCGCAAUAUCUUCGUCUACCACGAGGAUGGCAAGGAAAUGGUGGACUGGUUCAACGCCAUCCGAGCAGCCAGACUUCACUACCUGCAGGUGGCUUUCCCGACGACUCCCACAGCCGACCUGUUGCCCUUGGUAACCAGGAACUACGUCAAGCAGGGCUUCAUGGAGAAGACCGGUCCCAAGCACACGGAGGGAUUUCGGAAGAGGUGGUUCGCCAUGGACGACAGGAGGCUCAUGUACUUCAAAGAUCCACUGGACGCCUACGCGCGGGGCGAAGUGUUCAUCGGCGGCGAGGAAAACGGCUACGGCGUCCUGCGGGGCCUCCCGUCGGGCGUUCAGAACUCCCGCUGGCGCUUCGGGAUCACCAUAGCGACGCCGGGCAGGAAGUUCCUUUUCGCGUGCGAGAGCGAGCAGGAUCGGAGCGACUGGCUGGAGACGUUCCGGAGGGCCGUCAGCAGGCCGAUGCGGCCUCACGAGUACGCGGAUCUACUCAUGAAACUCAAAAUUUAGCAAAUUUCCUGUUGCCAAAUCCAUUUUCUUAGCCGCUUAUCCUCAUGAGGGUCGCAGGGGAGCGCUGGAGCCUAUCCCAGCUGUCAACGGGCAGGAGGCGGGGCGCACCCUGAACUGGUCGCCAGCCAAUCGCGGGGCACAUCGAGACAAACAGUCACAAUCACACCGAGGGGCAAUUUAGCGUCUCCAACUAAUGUCGCAUGUUUUUGGGAUGGGGGAGGAAACCGGAGUGCCCACACAGGCAUGUGAAGUCGAGAAAAAUAUCAAACGUUGCUGCAGUUUCGGGUCACGGUUCUGAUCUCGUAGUCUGGAGUGUGUGUACUUUUGUACAACACGGCGUCUUAUUCAAGUGGCGUGUUCAACUCCCUCUCAUUCCGCAGUGGAGGCCCAUUUUAAGCACAAACGGUGACUUCUUUGAAGGAGGACCGGCGUCGCCCGGCGAGGGGUCACCAACUCCAGGAGCCGUCCGUCGCAUGUGCAAUUCUUCCCGUCUCCGUGCUUGACGCUCACACUAUGAGCAAGAGGACAAAAUGUGAGCACGACGUACUCCCGAUAGAGAAACUUCAAUACUAUCGCUCUCUUUUUUAUUUACAUGGUUGUUUUUUGGAUUUUACCAUUGGAUAUCAGCAUAAUUAAUUUAAAAAAAUCAUCCAUGUUCCAAUCCGCUUAUCCUCACAAGGGUCGCGGGAGCGUUGGGCCCCCUCCCAGAUAACUUCGGGCAAAUGGCGGACUGUGUAUGGAAGUAAAUAUGUGCCGCCAGGAUUUGAAUUUGGAAUGUAAAGUCAUUACAUUUUCAAGAGUUGCAACAAUUCGCUGCCUGAAAUUCAGCGUCUGUGCCACCGGUUGGGGUUACUUCAGGUGAGAACGGAACAGCCGGCCAAUCGCAGUUCCGCUUUCUUAGUCACGUGACGUCUCGUACUAAGAAAGCGUAACCUGAUCGGCUGGCUGUUUGGUUCUGACCUGAAGUAACCCCGCCCGGUGCCACGGACGGUGAAUUUUCGACAGCGAAUUGUCGCCACUUGAAUUGUUAACGUUGAAGAGUUCCACUGGCAUAAAACGAUUGAAAAUGCGAUCGCUUUACAUUUCAAAUUCAAAUCCCGUUUUCAAAUCCUGGUGGCACAUAUUUACUUCCAUAACCAAACCCUGAACUGGUCGCCAAAUCAAAUUCUUGCAAUCGCUGCCCCAUUUUUUUGUUUGUCAUGCUUUCUUUUGUCCAGUAGGGGGAGAUAGAGGUAAGCUAGUAAAUGUUCUCACUUUUGUCUUCACUUCAGUUAUUGUUGCCAAGGGAAAUUAUUUUCUAUAUUUGUACAACUCUACCAACGCUAAUUUGCAAUUAGCGGCACCAUCUGUGUCAUUUUCAUGCAGGGAACUUGUUUAGAACAUGCCGUACGUCUCCGCACUUGCCCGCGACUCUGCAGCGCUGCCCUCCUGGUCAGCAACAGAGUUCGAAUGUAACUUAACGAGUGCGCCUUUAAAUUGAACGGAGACGUAUCGCUGUGACUUGCCAUUUUUUUUCCACCUGAUGGUAAAAUGGAAGCCAUGUACAGUAUAAAUACAUAAUUAUUCAUCUUACAUACAGGUAAUGCGUAUAAUUCAUCAUAUAUAAUACAAUACGCACUGUCUCCUGUUUUUAUUGUCCAAACUCGGUUACACGCUCAAAAGUGGACAAUCCCCUCACGGGAGAAUGAUGAGGAAACACUGACACAAACCGAAUUAUGAUUUUCAUAUCUUCCAUGUCGAGGGAAAACAUCGCACAAAAGUCUCAACACUUAAUUCAAUAGAAUGCAAGAAUAUGUAUUUUUGAAAAUGCUUGACACUACUACUUAAUUUAUAUCAUGAAACAUGAUUAUCAAUUAAAUAUAUAAAUGAACACAAGCCACCAACCGGAAAUGAAAUACAACAAAUUAUGGACAGCCAUAUCCACAUUCUUGUCGUUUUAAUACUUAACAUUCUGUCUUAUUUCUCUGAACAUUUUUACAUGCAGUAUUUACACCCUUAAUCAAAUGGAUCUAUAUUUAUGUUAUUAUUACUAUGAAUCGUAUCUUGCCAAAGUCUGCUUUUCCCCAAAACCACAAAUCAAAGAAUUUUUUUGGCGCGGGGGGGGGCUUAGCUGCUUUUAAGAUCCGCAGCAGCUGGCGCUCUUAACCUCAGCGUUGACAAAUUCUUGUAGCUUGAAGUUCUCGCAGGGAUCCUUGCCGGAACGGUGCUUGAGCUCCCUGAGACGCAGGAAAAUGAAAGAAAACAAAAUGUACGCAUGAGCAGUCGUUCAAGAACAUCGGUGGGAGAGGACUGGGUCAAAGUACUGCGUAUUACUUACUUGGCAACAGCAGUGAAGGCCAACUCUACGUUGAGACCUGAUCUGGCGCUGGUCUCCAUGAAGGGGACCCCAAACUCCUACGCCGUCACCCAAAAUGGGGGAUUAUGGUGAGGCUUCAUUCAGACAGGUACACUUUAUAAGAUGUAAUUAUUUACAUUUGUACAAUAAUUGAAGGUAAUAAUAGGCGAAAAAAAAAAAAAGAUUAUGGUGGGGAGAUCUUAUCUUUAUCUAUACAAAAAUUGUAAACAAAAAAUGUCCUGUAGUAUCACACGAGCAUUCACAACACACUGUAUUCCCCGCAGGGCGCACCUAACGCUAGCCCCGUGCUAACGCUAGCACCGCGCUAGUGUUAAACUCUUUCUGUGUACCGAGGCUUAUGACCAGGUGCGCUAACACUAGCGCCACACUGGUGCCGCGCUAACGCUAGCGCCCCACCACCGCAUAAACCGCAGGGUUGAAACAGUGUGGAAAAGUUACGGUAAUUUAUGUCUCCGGGUAUGACGCGAGGUCCGGCCGGCUGUCACCGAGCCGCACGUCUACAGUACAGUACAUAUACCUUG